AUGGAAAAGAUACAAACAGUCAAACAGUGUUUAAAAGCUUCACAAGAUCGGCAAAAGAGUUACACUGAUAGACAUCGUAGGGAAAUUGAAUAUGAAGUGGGUGAGAAAGUAUGCUUGAAAGUAUCUCCACGGAAAGGAGUUUUGAGAUUUGGCAAGCAGGGAAAGCUUAGUCCAAAAUAUAUUGGACCAUAUAGAUCUGAUCCUAGUCAUGUGAUACAAGAAACGGGGGUAGAACUCACAGGAAAAUUAGUAUACAUAGAGGAACCUAUAGAAAUACUAGGAGUAGAGGUUUUCUGGUUUAACUCUUUUUCUGGACGAAUUUCGGUUCAUGUUGUUGGUGCUAUAAGUUGCCCUAAUAGUCCAUACCAUGUUGUUGCUCUGUCUGCCAAUACAGCCAGAUAG